AUGCCUGCUGAGUUCCAGAGUUGGAAGGGAGUCAAAGCCUUCACCUUCCAAACCCUCUCGGGGAGAUGGUUCAUGGUAUUUGCCUCCCUCCUGAUCAUGUCUGUCAACGGCACAAGCUACAUGUUCGGCCUCUACUCAGGAGACAUCAAAUCAUCACUAGGCUAUGAUCAAACCGCACUCAACACUCUCAGCUUCUACAAGGACUUGGGAGGCAACCUCGGGUUUCUAGCAGGCCUUAUCUACGAAAUCAUCCCACCAUGGAUGGUCAUCUCCAUCGGAUCAAUCAUGAACUUCUGCGGCUACUUCCUCAUCUGGUUAUCCAUCACCAGCCGAAUCCCAAACCCGCACCUCUGGCAAAUGUGCCUCUACAUGUGUAUCGCCACAAACGCUGCUUCCUACUCAAACACUGCAGCUUUGGUCACUUGUGUCAAGAACUUCCCCGAGAGCCGUGGCAGUGUGAUCGGCCUGCUGAAAGGGUUAAUCGGGCUGAGUGGAGCUAUCAUCACGCAGAUUUACCAUGCUUCAUAUGGGAACAAUUCCAGCUAUGCGAUCUUGCUCGUUGCUUGGCUACCCGCCAUUGUUCCCUUGCUGUUUCUGCCAGUCAUUCGAACCAUGAAAUUUGAUCGACACCAGAAGGAGCUGAAAGUUUUCUACCACUUCCUCUACGUUGCACUUGGGAUUGCUGGUUUCAUCAUGGUUAUCAUCAUCAUUCAGAACAAGUUCAGUUUCAGAAGAGCUGAGUACAUCACAACAGCUUCAGUUGUUACCUUGGGAUUGCUUCUACCAUUGGCCAUUGUAGUCAGAGAAGAAUUCAAGCUAUGGAAGAGCAAGAAACAAGCAAUGAAUAGCCAAACAGAACUCAACAUCGUGGCUGAAAAUACAAUUCUACAAGCAAUUAGUCCAAAUCCCCCAAAAUUGAAGCUAACACUAUUGACCUGGUUCACACAGAUAUUCAAUCAACCAGAAAGGGGAGAAGACUACAGCAUCUUACAAGCGGUUUUCAGCAUCGACAUGGUGAUCAUCUUAAUCUCGACGACUUGCGGCGUCGGAGGCGCGCUGGCGGCAAUCGACAAUCUUGGUCAGAUCGCCGCAUCUCUAGGCUACCAGAAGCGCACAAUUUCGACAUUCAUCUCGCUCGUAAGCAUAUGGAACUUCCUCGGACGAGUACUCGCCGGGUUCGCCUCGGAGAUCCUGCUGGCGAGACGGAAAUUCCCUCGUCCGCUGCUUCUCUCCUUCGUCAUCUUGCUCUCUUGCGUCGGCCACCUCCUGAUCGCAUUUGGAGUCCCGAACUCGCUCUACUUCUCCUCCAUCCUCACCGGAUUCUGCCUCGGCGCGCAGCUGCCGCUGGUCUCCACCAUCAUCUCCGAGAUAUUCGGGCUCAAGCACUUCGCCACGCUGUACAGCGUCGGCUCAAUUUCCAGCCCCAUCGGGUCCCUGAUCUUCAACGUGAAAGUCGCCGGCCUUUUGUACGACGAGGAAGCUACGAAGCAAUUGGAACGAUUGGGACUCGCGAGAGAGCCUGGCGAAGAGCUGAAGUGUGCCGGAGUGAGCUGCUUCCGCUCGGCGUUUCUCAUCAUCGCGGCUGCGAGUUUUCUAGGUUUUCUCGUUUCGAUCGGCUUGGUCUGGCGCACGAAGGAGUUUUACAAGAGCGACGUGUACGCGAAGUUCAGAGGAGAGAAUGAAGCUGCAUCUUCAAGCGAGACUGGAGAAGGCGCCGUAGAAACAACGCCGACAACCGGCGAUCUCAAGUAA